AUGAAAAUAAAAAGAACUCAAAAAAGUAAUACUAAUCCUUUAAAUUCUUUUUACAUUGGAUCAGAACAAAAUAUUUUAAAAAAUUUGAUUCCUAUAAAUACUUUAAAAGAAAAUAACAAUAAAAAGAUUAUUUAUAGCUAUAAUGUUCUAGAUGGAUUUAAAUAUAAAAUAAUUAUUAAAAGGAAAACAGAAAAUAUAAAUAAUAUAUACAAAAUAGUUAUAUCCUUAGAUCACCCCAAUAUAAUAAAAAUAAUUCAAUAUGCUGAAUCGGAUUAUUAUUUUACUACCGUGUCUGAAUUUUUUUCAGAUAUAAGCUUAUAUGACACUAUAUCCUUCUCUGCAAUAUAUGAUGAGGAGAAAAUUAGAAAAAUCAUAUAUCAGAUUAUUUUAAUUGUAAAUUAUUUACACUCAAAUAAUUUUUUACACAAAAAGUUGACUCCUCAUAGUUUCCUCAUAAAAAAAAUAAAUAAUGAACUUAUGAUAAAAUUAGAUGACAUUCAUAAUAUUGAAAUUAUGCCUAGCAAAUUAAGGUCCAAAUAUAAGAGUCAAAAUAUUUAUAGCAUCGGAUCCAUAACGUAUUUCUUAGUAUGUGGGGAGUUUCCCUUAUACUAUUAUAAAAAUAAUGAGAAAAAAAUUUGUAUUUCCAAAAAAUUAUGGAAGAAUUUUUCAUAUAAAGGUCGAGAUUUUAUAAAAAAAAUUUUACUUGGUAACAUGAGUUCUAUUAUAUCUUUAAGAGAAGCACUAGAUCAUGAAUGGUUUAAAGAAAAUAUAAGACAAAAUAUUUAUAUAAAUUUUGAAAUGCUAAGAAGUAUUUAUAACUUCUGGAGAAAAAAUACAUUUAAGAGAUAUAUUUUAAAUAACCUUGCAAAACUUAUAAUAAAUGAAGAAAUAUACACAUUCCAAUCCUUGUUCUUUUAUUUGGAUAUACUACAACAAGGAUCAAUUAAAUAUGAACAAUAUUUUAUUAUAAUGAAAAAAUUAGGACUUUUAGAUGGGGAUAUAAAAAUGUCUUUUAAUGGAUUGGAUAUUUCCAGAAGUGGAAAAAUACAAUUUAGUAAUAUAAUAGCAAGUCUUAUGAAUAGUUACAUCAAGAUUAAAAAAACUACUGCAUUCCAAUUUUUUAAAAAAGUAGAUUAUAAUAAUGAAGGUAUAAUAACGAAAAAGAAACUAUAUAAGUUUUAUAAUUUGAAAACAAAAAAUGAAAUAAAUUCCUAUGCGAAAAAGAAAUUUACAUUUGAAGAAUUCUAUAAUUACAUUAGGAAGGAAUAA